UUCAUUUAUUAAAGUGUUCUUUGGUUUCAAAGUCACCUCUUACCCAUUUGUUUUUAGAAAAGAAAUCAACUAUCGAAAGGCCAAGGAUAUUCUGUUGUGAUUUUGAAAACAGUAGUAAUAUCCAAAUCAAUGUGAAGCUUGUUAUAAGAAAAUCUGACUGCAAGAUAUUGUAUGCACUUGGGGAACAAGAGUUUGCAAACUUACUUUUAAGUUUUCUCACAUUUCCUCUGGGUAGUGUUGCACAUACAUUACAAGGAAAUUGGUCUAUGGGCAGCAUUGAUAAUUUGUACAAAAGUAUUUCUGAUUUAGACGUUGACAAAUAUUUUACGUCAAAAGAUACAAAAACUAAUGUUGUUGAUCCUCGUUUGCCUUCACAGUUCAAAUUACACAACGAGCUUAUUCUUAUCAACAAGUCAUGUGUGCAGUAUUAUCGUUAUCGACAGAGUAAUUCAAAUAAUAGUUUUGUUAUUAGUGAUGAAUUUAGAAGUGACAUGGGACAGUAUACAGUACUGAAGCCUAUUUUGUCUGAAGAAAGUGUGGAUGGUUAUGUCAAAGGGCCAAGAACAUAUGUGGCUACUGAUAACUUGGUUUUGACACCAUGGUCUCCAAUUUCAGGUUUGAAUUUAAUCAACCAUUUGGAAACGCCUCUUGAUGAUUUGCAGGAAAAGGUUGUCACUAUUGGCGUCAAUGAGUGUUUAAGUAUAUUGAAAGCAUCUUUGACCACAACAUCUGCUCUAACAAAUGGUUUGGAUCACCUGUUGACUGAAGUUAGGAAAGAGCUUCUCAAAAACAAAAAACCAAAGUUAAGGAAGAGAAAUUAAGAAAGUUUAUAUUUUAAUGUAUUCUAGAACUAUGUAAAAGUUUGCAGUGAAACAAUCUUACUGGAUUUACAUUUUUGUUUUUAUUUCAAAU